AUGCAUCACUACCUCAGAAGCCUGUCGGUACUUGCCUGCCUUGUCCCUUGGGCGCUCGCCCAGCAGCCAUGCGCACCAGUGCAGAUCAUCGUGGCACGCGGUAGUCUUGAGGCGCAGGGUGCUGGUCUGCUUGGCAACAUUGCCAACAAGUCUUCGAUGCAGAUUCCGGGUUCUAUUGUUACGCCGCUGGUGUACCCAGCCCAACUCGAUCCUUACCCUCCGUCCGUAUCAGCCGGCGUAACGAAUAUGACGAAUCUCCUCCUUCAGCAAGUCCAGGCAUGUCCUUCCACAAAAUUUGUGUUGAUGGGAUACUCCCAGGGAGCUCAAGUGUCACUUGAUACUCUGUGUGGAACAGCUGACGGACCCAAUUUCAACGCAACGCAAGCUCAGGCUCCCAUGGUCGGCAACAAGAUUGCUGCCAUUGUCCUGUUUGGCGACCCAACCAGUAUCGCCAACCAGACCUUCCAAAAGGGAACUGCAAAGAAGAAUGGAAUCUUCCCCCGCCAGGACUUUUCCGCAUGCAGCGGCUUGACUUCUAAGAUUGCUUCCUUCUGCGAUGAGACGGAUCUUUUCUGUGCCUCGGGCCAGAACUUGACUGUUCAUCUCGGUUACUUCCAGAACCAGCAGUACAUUGACCAAGCGUCGACAUUUAUCGUUCAGAAUACCAAAUAG